AUGUCUAUAUAUUUAUUUUCCUCAAACCGUUUUCUCUAUUUUCCAUACCAAUCAUUUCUUCUUUGUUCUGUCCUUUCAAUCUUUCUAACCCUCUCUUACAUUCUUCUUUUUUUUCUUCUUCUCCUUUCACAAAUUCCUUCUUCUUCUAUUUCUUCUUCUUUUUCUUCUUCUUUUUCUUCUUGCACCGAUUUUUUUCUUCUUCUUUCAACCAUUCCUUCGCUAUCUUCUUCUUGCACAGAUUCCUUUGUUUUCUUUCUUCUUUUUGCAUGCAUUCCUUCACCUUCUUCUUUUUCUUCUUGCAGAGAUACUUUCACCUUGUUGUUGUUGUUCUUCUUCUUCUUCAUCCACCAAUUCCUUCACUUUCUUCUUUUUCUUCUUGUUCUUGUUGUUGUUCUUCUUGCAACGAUUUCUUCAUUUCUUCUGCUUCUAUAUGUUUUCGUUUCCUUUAUGGAUUUUAUUAUUUUUUUGCUUUCAUUUCUUCUUUUUUCUCACGGGCCUCUUAUAUUUUCUAGAAAUUUUUCAUUUUUACACUCACUCUCCCUUUCCCAGCCAUUAUUUUUCUUCCCUUCCCUCUUAACUUUUUCGUACUCCCAAGUCUCGCCUUGUUUUACCUUCUUUCUUUCUUUCUUUCUCUCUUUCUUUCUUUCUUUCUUUUCACUGUUGUUUAUUUCUCUUUCCUCUUCAAUGUACAUUCUCUUCCUCCUUCAGUUUAUUCUUCUUUCACGCAUCUCUCUUUUCCUAUCCAUUGCUUUCUUUUUCCCAAUCCUCUUUUAUUUUUCUAACAUCUCCUUUAGCUUUUCUUCUUUCUUUCUUUUUCUAUGCUACUUUAGCUUUUCUCUCUUUCCUUUUUUUAUGAAGUCUAGCGUCGUUUUGGCUUCUUUAUUUCUUUCUUUCGUUCUUUCUUUCUUUAUCUUCCAAUCUUUUUAUUUUGAUGUUUUUCUUGUCUCCUUAAUUUUCUUUCUUUCUUUCUUUCUUAAUUAUUUCCCUUUCCUAUUCUUUACCCAUUCUGCCCCUCCUCUUUUCUCUGGUUCCACCCUCUCUUUCCUUUUUAUUUUUCUUUCAGUCUUCUUUCUUUUCCUAUCCUUUGUUUUAUUUUUCUCAAUCCUCUUUUACUUUUCUAACCUCUCCUUUUCUUUUCUUUCUUUCUUUCUUUCUUUCUUUCUUUCUUUCUUUCUUUCUACUACUUCGCCUUUUCUCUCUCUCAUCUUUUCUUUGUUCUGA